AUGGAAUGGCAUGACCAUGAAGCGAGCUCUUUCCUUUACAGCGAUCCAUUCUCUCCUGAUGAGUCGGUCGAGAGCCAAAAGACUGCAACCGACUAUGUCAUUCGCCUACAGCUUCCACAACUGAGGAAGGACGAAUUGAAGGUUGAGAUCAUUGAUGGCGAGUCGCUUUGUAUCUCAUGCAACCAGAGCGAAGUGGCAAACAAUAAGAUCCAGAUGGUCCUUCCUAAGAAUGUUAGGGCAAGCGACUCUACUGCUGUCAUGAGAGGAGAUGCGCUCACUAUCACAGCGCCCAAGCAACAAUGGUUACAACUCUGGACCAGAAAGCGUAGCGGCAGGAUGUCUGUCACGAUCUCCAGUUGA